AAGAAGCUAGAAGGAUUUGUAUAAAAGAGUUGAAAGACGUUCACAUUAUGCACAGGACAGAUUCUUGAUAUCAUUUCAAAAUCUAAAUAGCACUCCUGUUGAAAAAUUCAGGCUACUUUAAUUCACUUUCCUACUUUCAACUGUGAUUUUGGUUUUCUGAAAAAUUAUGUCAGGGAGAAGGAAGAAACCAGCACUAAAACUCCAAGUAUCAGAUGAUGUUCCUCCAGUGUUGCCUCCAGCAAAUUUAGACACCCGAACAACAAUCACAAUUGGAGAAAAAACAUUUGAUGUGGAAGCAGAUGAUCUCUGCAAGAUUGAUGACUUGGGUAGGGGUGCUUAUGGUGUGGUGGAGAAGAUGCGCCAUAUUCCCAGUGGUACAAUUAUGGCUGUUAAAAGAAUAACUGCUACUGUCAACACUCAAGAACAAAAAAGGCUGUUGAUGGACCUUGAUAUAUCCAUGAGAAGCAGUGAUUGUCCUUACACAGUUCAGUUUUAUGGAGCACUUUUUAGGGAGGGGGAUGUGUGGAUCUGUAUGGAAGUUAUGGAUACUAGCUUAGACAAAUUUUAUGUCAAGGCAUUUAGACAUGAUAGAAGGAUACCAGAGGAUGUGUUAGGAAAAAUUGCCUAUGCUGUAGUUAGUGCCUUACAUUACCUAUACUCACACCUCAAAGUUAUCCACAGGGAUGUGAAACCUUCCAAUAUUCUCAUCAAUAGACAGGGUGAAAUUAAAAUGUGUGAUUUUGGGAUAAGUGGAUACCUAGUCGAUUCUGUUGCCAAAACCAUUGAUGCAGGAUGCAAACCUUACAUGGCACCUGAAAGGAUAGAUCCUCAGGGCAACCCCUCUCAAUAUGAUAUUAGAUCAGACGUGUGGAGUUUGGGAAUUUCCCUAAUCGAGUUAGCUAUAGGAGAUUUUCCAUAUCCAAAAUGGGGAACACCAUUCGAACAACUCAAACAGGUUGUAGCUGAUGACCCGCCAAGACUGCCUGCAGGACAAUUUUCACCUGAAUUUGAAGAUUUCAUCUCGAGAUGUCUUCAGAAAAGGUACAUUAAUCGGCCGAACUACAGUCAGUUGUUGCAACACAGCUUUUUAGUAAAACACAAAGAAAUGAAUACGGACAUAACGUCCUUCAUAUCUGAGGUACUUGAUCUUCCUGAAAACCCCUGAGAUUCAUGUUGUAUUUCUUAGUUUCUAUGUGGAUAUUUUAAUUUUUGUUCUAUUGAUGAUUUUGAGCUUUUUAAUUUAGAUUUUGUUAUUGAUUUUAAUUUCCAAUUUUAAUUACUAAUUUUAAUUUCACGUUUUAAUAAUAUUUUACUAAAUCUGUUUUUGUUUUGGAUUUUUCAAUUUAAUUGGUCCGAUGAUUUUACAUAAAAAUUUGCUCACGUUUUUACUGAAUCUUUUAUCAAAUAAUAUUUCAGUUUAAAAAAAUUUAGGUCACUGUACUUGCAUCCCACUAGAAGUCUGCCAGCCUAAAUUAUUGCAAAUAUUUUUGAAUUAUGAGAUAAUUUUUUAGUUAUUACUAGUCAUUCAUUUGCAAUUGAUUUCAUCAAACCAUUUACCUACUACCAAUAUGUAAUGUGAAACAUUAUGACACUGAUUUUAGUUUCACUAGGCAGAAUCCAUCAUUUUGUGUUCUCCCAAUCAAUUUUGAUUACCAAUUUGAUUCAAAUUAUUACUUGGGACAUUGCAUAGCAG